CUUCAACACUUGUCGUACACCCAUAAAUUAAGGGUAGCUUGUAAUUAGAUUAAUUGUUAGGUUUUGAAAAUAAUUAAAGAUAGAGACUAGGGUUUUUGAAGGAACUAUGAUUCUGCGAUAACUUGUGAUUAACGUAGCCAGAUAGAUUAGAAAGAUAUUUAGGAAUUGAGAGAAAUAAUUAGGGAUUUUGAGAAGAAUAAUUGGGAAAUUGAGAUAGGAAGAAUAGAAUUGGGAAUUAGGGGUUAGGAGAAGAAGAGGGAUAAACUGAAUAUGGUUUGAUUACUGAUUUCUGACCAAAUCCAACGUAAUGACUCAAAUACAUAUUUAUAGGGAAAUAAGCCCAAAAACCUAAUGAUACCCUACUAAUCUACUUGGCACUAAUCGGCUGCCUAACCCCCUAACCACCCCAAUAUUUAUGUUUCCUACAAUUUUGCUAUUACACAGUGUUUAGAAUAGAACCACAAAAAAAUUUGUAGCAUAAUGAAAAUUAUAUUUAUUAAUAGUAGUAGUGUCCCGGGUUUGAAUUACCCAAACUACCACUUAUAUUCCCAUGCGCAAACUACAAACGAGAGUAGUAUAAUGAUUUUUUUUCAAAUUUUAGGGUGUCCCGAACUAUUAAUUAUAUUUUUUUUCUAUACGUAAAUUACCACCGGAAGUUGGAUAAUCGUUUUUUCAAAAUUUAGGGGUGUCAAACCUCCCUGGGUCCGCCCUGCUUACUGCAAUGACUUACUAUUUCCUUGCAUUCCAAGGUAAACAACAUAAUCUACACAUCACCAUUUCAAAAGCAGCAGCUUCCUGGGAAUUCAUUCCUCUUUCGAAAACAAGAAAUGUGACCAUCAUUGUGUAGGUGAAUAGAGGUUUGCUAAUAGCUAUAAGAAGGUGCGACUCUAACUCCUGCAAUGGCUUGAACCUGAACUCUUCUUUUGUUAUCAAGACAACAGAAGAAAUUUUACCAUAUACCUUUAUUUUUAUGUGGUGAAUUAUUCUCGUUGUUACGAAAACAAGGACUGAGAGGUGGGGGUUAAUUGACUAAUAUAUUAAGGUUAGGUAACCUGAUAACAAUUUGGAUUUUGAUAACGGAGCUGAUAGAGACAUGCGGGUUAAUGAUUAAACUAUUAACUUAUAGGUAUAGCUAAUCGUUCCAUUAUCCCUAGAGGCCUAGACUAAUAUUUGGAUCGAUUCAAAUCGAACUAGGUUGAAUAUAAUUCGAUUCGAGUUUAACUUUGAUUAAUUGUAGUCAAUAUAAAAAAAUUGAGCAAAGUUAUAAUUGGACAUAAUCGAAUUGAACCAAACAUAUGUGCUUUUAAUCCAAUUUUACCCUUAUUAUUUCUUCCACGUUUUAUUCAAUCAUAUCGCAAUUCGAUCCAAUCAUGAACCGAAUUCACUCACAUUUCCACCCAAAAAAAGAAAGCUUAAUCGGUUCUUCUUCCGCAACUAAACCAUUUCCAAAUCCAAACAACUUCACUCGCAUUACUACAACUAGUUAUCUCAAAUGCCCUUAUAAUGGAAAAUCACAACUCACUAAGGCUUGAAAACCCUUCCUUUUCCAACAAAUUUUGCAUUAAUUCCACCAACUUCACUCUCAUAAUCAACUACUCCAAUAAUCGAUGGCUUACAAAGAGCCAUCGUUCCAGCUUUGCCAUUCUCACUAAACCAUCUAGAGCUCCUUAAUUUUAACAAGAAAAGCUUUCCCAAACCCCCAAUCUACACAAAAACAAUGUCCCCAAUCACCUCAAUGCUAUCCACUGUUUUCAUUUCCCUCAUAUUUGCUGCAACAUACAUGGCAGCUCCUGCGACUGCCGCGGAACCAAUACCAGCACAACCUGCUGCUGAAGACCCCAUUCUGGAGUUCUACAUGCAUGAUAUUCUCGGCGGAAGCAGCCCCACAGCCAGGCCGAUCACCGGUUUGCUAGGGAACAUCUACAGUGGUCAGGUGCCUUUCGCAAGGCCAGUUGGGUUCGUUCCUCCCAAAGGCGGAGUAGCUAUCCCAAACGCGAAUGGCGCCCUCCCUACUGUCAACAUCAACGGCAUCCCUCUGGGGACGGGCUUGGCUGGAACCCGUUAUGCUGGAGGCCAAGCAAAUGGUCAGAACCAGAACAAUGUUAAUCAGAUUCAGACCCAGCUGGGACCGGAUGGGUUGGGGCUCGGGUUCGGGACCAUCACCGUCAUUGAUGAUAUCCUGACUUCCACCCCUGACUUCGGGUCACAGCAGCUUGGCAAAGCUCAAGGUGUUUAUGUGGCGAGUUCUGCAGAUGGCAGCACCCAGAUGAUGUCGUUCACCGCCAUGUUCGAAGGUGGGGAGUUUGGUGAUAGCAUCAACUUCUAUGGAGUGUACAAGAUCGGCAGCCCCAUGUCGUAUUUGUCGGUCACAGGUGGAACCGGAAAGUUCAAGCAUGCAAUCGGGAGUGCCAAUGUGAGAGGGCUCAUCCCUUCUGGACAGCAUGUCACAGAUGGUGCUGAGACAUUGCUCAGGGUCACCGUUCAUCUGAAGUACUAAACCAAAAAAACAAACAACAAAAAAGGAUCUUGCUUUGUUUUUCUUCCUAACUUUGUCUUGAAUGGAUUGAUGAUGUUUCAAUUUGUUUGAUCUACAUUGUAAAAUGGUUGUGAUUAUCUAUGGUGUGAGCUACAAAGGAAUGAACUUUUCUACUUUUAAAAAGAAGUAUGCGAUGCAGUGAAAUGAAAAUGCGGCUGGAAA